AAGUGCUAAUUUGACAUAAAUAUAAAGAAGGAAAUGUUUUUCGUUUUAGCAAGGGAUCAUUCUUCCAGUGGAGAUAUAAAAGAAAUUAAUGAAGAAACGGACUUGUUUGAUUGGGAUAUAGAUAUCACAUAGCAUCAAAAGAAGUGAUAUAAUUGUCCCUCUACAAUGCAGAUAGAGAAAAUACACUUCUUUGCUAUCAUCUUGCUUUUUUCUACACACAAUGUUACACCUGCAGAAUGUGGCGACAGAACUGGUGACAUUGUUUUCAUUCUUGACUCUAGUGGAAGUGUUGGGGCAGGCAAUUUCGAUAAAAUAAAACAAUUUUUAAAAGCAACGACAGAUGGAUUUAAUAUUGGUUCAAAUAGCGUCAGAGUGGGAAUAGUACCCUUCAGUACAUCAGUAUACAAUACAGUUCAGCUGACGUCUUUUGAUUCUAACUCUGCUCUUAAAUUCAGCAUCUCUAAUAUCCCGUAUAACAGUGGAAGUACAAACACAUCCGGCGCUAUUCGGUUUGCUCGUAUUUCGAGCUUCGGGUCGUAUAGCAGAAACUUUGUUCCCAAAAUAGCAGUAAUCAUUACUGACGGAAAGUCGAAUGACAAGUCUUCGACAUUGUCUGAAGCCCAAUUAUUACGUAACAAUGGCGUCAUAAUCUUUUCUGUUGGAGUCGGUGACGGUAUUGAUACGUCUGAACUUCAGGGAAUGGCAACAAAAACUUCCUAUGUGUUUGAUGUAUCUACCUUUGAUACUUUGAAUUCAAUUCGAGACAAUCUAGCAAAACCAAAAUGCAAAGUAACUUCAUGUGGUCACCCUGGCACUCCAAAUAAUGGUAACCUCCAUGGGAGUGAUUUUUCCCAGGGAAAAUCUGUGAUCUACAGCUGUAAGACGGGGUAUAAACUUGUCGGCAAUCAACAGCGGACCUGUCAAAGGGAUAAGAUUUGGUCUGGAAAUCUCCCAUCAUGCAUUUUUGUGAACAUGUGCAAUAGUAAUCCUUGUCAAAAUGGCGGAAGUUGUAUAGAUGGCGAGGAUCGAUACACCUGCAACUGUAUCCAUGGUUACACAGGUGUUCAUUGCGAAAAAGAUAUCCAACCACCGAUUAAGAGGUACUGCCCCCCAGAAAUACAACGAGAUUCAUCAUCACCACUCGUCAACAUCACAUGGAGUGGACCUGACUUCUACGACCCUUUUGGACACAAUGUCGAAGUGACCACUAACUACCCGGAGCAUGGAUCAAUCUUUAUCUGGGGAAAUUAUACAGCUCAAUACACAGCUCUUAAACCUUUCAACGGCCUUACAGUUCAUUGCAUUUUUAAUAUUACUAUUAAACGUGAGUAUGUGAAAAAGGGUUACCAACAAUUCUAUUUUAUA